ACCAGAAUAUCUAUCUUAUUAAGCAACCAUAAGGUGCUUUGGUGCUCUUUUUUGCCUUUUUAACUUUGGACAGCACCAUCCUCUAAUUAGCUCGGCCCGUGAUGGAAUUGGAAUCAAAUUUAGGUGAUGUUCAAUUUGUCUGGGGAUAACUGCACAGGCAUGGACUUUUCUGAAGGAAUAUUUAUUCUUUUUCUGAUUUUUCUGACUCAGUAAAAAAAAAAAAAAGUAGUUUCGUGCACUUUAUUUUCUUUUUUGUUUUCCUUUGACCCCCGAACCAAUAAGAAAUGUGAAUCCAAACUAUAGCUUUAUUCCGUAACGUUUACUUAUACCUUUUAUCAUCAUUCUCUCUGUCUCUUCUUUCAUAAAUAACCUUCACCUGUGUAUAAGUAAACCCUCACCGUUCUGGCUUGCAAUGCCUUCAACCCUUUUCUUUGCCAUUCCACUUCUCUGAUUCUCAUAUAGAGAGGAACUAGAGAAGGAAGAAGAGGAGAGAUAGACAGAGGGAAAGGAAAGAUGUCGGACUGGGGACCGGUGUUUGUAGCAGUGGUAUUGUUUAUACUGUUAACACCGGGACUGCUGAUUCAGAUACCCGGUCACACCCGGCACGUAGAGUUUGGAAACUUCAAAACCAGCGGUGUGUCCAUAUUGGUUCAUUCCAUCCUCUACUUUGCCCUCAUCUGCAUCUUCCUCUUAGCUAUUGGGGUCCAUGUCUACAUGGGUUGAUGACAAUCGCCAACUCCGAUUUGUUGCUUUUGAUUUAAUUUUAUCGGAUCUCUAUUCUUUUUUUCUGCAUUCAAAUAUGAGAAAAUAAAUAGUACAUGAUCUCUCUGAGUCGAGAUGUGAAUUCGUGUUAUUUAUGUCUUCUAAUU